GAGAGCAGAGCCUCCGCGGUCUUCUUCUAUCCCUCGCUCCAAACCCUAAUCGUGACAUUCAAAACCCUAGAUCUUGAUUCGUUCCUCUAUUCCCUCACAAGAUCAAGCUGGAAGAUGGAUCAUUCAUGGCGUCACCAGCCGCCAGUCCCAACGCCGUCUCGAAUCCUUGGGAAUCUAUGCCCAGUCUGUUCAAUCUCUCACUUCCCAUUCUGCCCGACAUCACACACCAUCCCAUUCCAUCAAAACCUUCCCGGGUUUCAAUACAACAGCCACUCGUUCCGAAGGUCGUUCCCCGAUCCAUUUCUUGACCAUCCCGGCCCCAGCCGCGCUUUCGCUGGGCAUCCCGGCGACCGGCUUGGUGAUCCGGUUCCUUGGCAGAGAAACCCUAGUUUGGAUUACGGAGAUGGCUUCGAUCCCAGGUAUGAUCAGGGAAGUGGUGGGCCUGGGUUUAAGAGGAUGAGGGUUGAGGAGAAUUGGGAUAACUCAUCGAGAAUUCUGAUGGACGACGAGCGGAGGUUGAAGUUGAUUCGCGAUCAUGGUGGUCUUGAGAGUGUAAGGUCGGAUGAAUUCAGCGGAAGUAGAGAAGAUAUGGCGUUGAAACGGUCAGCCAAUUAUGAGAUGGAGGGCUAUGGAGAUCGAAGUUUCGGUGAUUUUGAUAAGACGGGGACCUUUUUUGACACACAGCCUCAUUUCAAUCCCCCUCACUACGGCGAGGAGAAGUCGUUUGGCCAACGAAAUUUGCACGGGAACGGACAACUAGAGCAACACCAAUACGGCCAAGUAAAGAAUUCCAUGCCUCCAUCCUUUCAGACUAAUGGCUACAGUGGCCUCUCAACUCGAUAUUCCACUAACGUCGAGCAGAGUCGACAAGGUCUGGAUGUGGCAACACUUCAUCAUAAAGGAGGAGUUUGGCGUAAUCCAAAUUUGGAAGUGAUUCACCCAACUGCCAAUCUUCCUGGCGAGAGCUACCACCACAACGGUUUCCAACAGAACAGGCCUAGUGAUGCUUUGUCUACAAAGGAAUCCCACUAUUCUCAUGCACCUGGAUGGAAUGAGACUUCGACUUCAAGUGCACUACAUAAUGAACAGACACUUGAAAACCCAAAUGCCAAAUCUUGUCCUCCCCAUCCAUAUGCAAAACAGAAUCAUGUGCUGCUGGACCGUGAUUUUAAUUCUCAUGGCCAGAUAAAUGACAGGGGACCAUCAUAUGAUGAUAGAGUUGCGUCGAGUGACGGUAACCAGGAUGCAGUUGCACAUCAGAAUAUGCUCAUAGCACGCAAGAUUGACCCACUGCAUUCCAGGAAUCAAGUUAGUCAACCACCAAUACCUGCUCGUGAUAAAUUCAUCGCUGAAAAUUCAACUCCUAUGCAUCCUUCUCGAUUGCCUAGUGUCCAGCCUCCUCUUCCUGCUUCUCCACCACCACCUCUUCCAAUGGACCUUCCACAGCACCCUUUAUAUGAGCCACAUUCCUUGUCUUCACCAGCCAAAACCACCCCUCCAUUAUUUCCCAUUCCUGUUAGUUCUGCAGCUUCUACACGUUCACCAUAUGCUGCAAUUCCUGAAGCUGAUAGUAUGGCGCGACCCUAUUUUCCAGACAAAUCCCAUUUUCAUGUUUCAAUUGGCAUUUCUCCUGAGGAAUUUCAAGCCCUCAACCAGACGUCAUCUACAAAAUUCUUGGGAAAAGGCCAAAGGACAAAUAAGCCAAAAGUUGUUGAUGCUCUUCAUAUAUUUAAGCAGCCACAUCGAGCAACCCGUCCUGAUCAUAUUGUGAUAAUCCUUCGGGGCCUUCCUGGUAGUGGGAAGAGCUACUUAGCAAAAAUGUUGCGUGAUCUUGAGGUUGAGAAUGGGGGUGACGCACCAAGAAUUCAUUCCAUGGAUGAUUACUUCAUGACUGAAGUUGAAAAGGUUGAGGAAACUGAUGUAUCAAAGCCCCCAGGUUCGGUGAGAGGAAAGAAACCAGUUUUGAAGAAGGUCAUGGAGUACUGUUAUGAACCUGAGAUGGAAGAGGUUUAUCGAACAAGCAUGUUGAAAGCAUUUAAGAAGACCCUUGAUGAUGGAGCUUUCUCCUUUGUAAUAGUGGAUGACCGCAAUCUGCGGGUAGCUGAUUUUGCUCAGUUUUGGGCAACUGCAAAGAGAUCGGGAUAUGAGGUUUACCUAUUAGAAGCUACCUACAAGGAUCCUGCAGGCUGUGCAGCUCGGAAUGUGCAUGGGUUCACCCAUGAUGACAUAGAAAAGAUGUCUAGACAAUGGGAAGAAGCACCAUCACUAUACUUGAAAUUGGACAUCAAGUCAUUGCUCCAUGCAGAUGAUUUGAAGGGAAGCGGGAUUCAAGAGGUGGACAUGGACACGGAUGAUGGAGAUGCUGCACGGUCCCUGAAUGGAUCUGGAGAGAGAAAUUUGGACACACAACCUACCUUACAAGAGUGUUCACCUGACGAUGAGAAAUGGAAUGCUGGGGAAGACCAUCCAAGGGAGGAAGUGAAAGAAUUGGGCAGGAGUAAAUGGUCAGAUGAUUUGGAUGAUGAUAAUGCUAAAAAAACUGAAGCUACCAAAGGGAAUCGUAAUGCUCUUUCUGGGCUGAUAAAGGCUUACGCCAAGGGAGGUAAAUCUGUACAUUGGGGUGAUAAGGAUGGCAAUACUGGGUUUUCCAUAGGUGUGGCAAGAAAAGUAAAUUCGUCCUUGGUGAUUGGGCCUGGUGCAGGAUACAACUUGAAAUCGAACCCCUUGCCUGAAGAACACGUUCCAACCCCAACGUCAAGUAGUGGGGGAUCGAAGAAGAAAAGUGCAUUUCAAGAGAGAAUUCGUGAAGAAAGGGCAUCUUUUAGGGCUGUUUUUGACAAGAGACGACAGCGAAUUGGCAGGCUCGACCUGGAGGACGAAUAACCAACGCAAAAGAAGUUGUUCAAGAUUAUACCACUGGGGACUUAGUGAGGGCAACCGAGACUCUUUAACACGAGACUUAAAAGAGUCACCAACACUGUCACCUUUGCUUGGGCUACAGCAGCACCAGUGUUGCAAGAGAAGAGAGGUUAUUUUGGAAAUGUUUUUGGCUGUUCUAGUUGUGUGUCCUUGUAAUUGUAUUUGCUUGAUAGAUAUUAAAUAAUUGUAAAUUAGUUAUGCUGUUCAAAGGAAUCUUCAGCCCUGGUUUUUGGAGGAACAUCUGUCGUUUUUGAUAUAUUACAUUGGUUUUAGGUAUCAACGAGUCAUUAUUAAGUAAUCAACUAAUAGAUUUAUAUGUAAUCAGUUCUUAAAUAUUCAUUUAAGCAAAAAAAAAAAAAAAAAAAAAACAUAA